AUGAAGCCCUCAGUUACUCCCGAUCUCUCCGAACCGACGUUAUCCACCCUCCUAUCCCAAUCGCAAUCCCAGCAAAUCCUCUUUCGAGUCCACACGCCGACCUCUCACUCACCACUCAUCUGGACCGGCGAAUUAUCCACUUCGGGAUUUUCAUCACCUAAUAUCCAUCUCGGCAGUCUCACUCCAAAAUCGUAUACUCCCUUUCUCACCUACUCUUCAUCUACUGGAAGGCGACUGAUCUCGAGUACUACAUAUGAGAUCAAUCCUGGAGUAUACCUUCGACAUACAGUAGUAGAUCACGUUUCAAACAAACCCAAGCAAAGUUGUAUACCUACAUUACCUACGAUCGAAGAAACAAAAGAAGGCGUAUGGCCAGAUGAGAAAACUCCUUGGAUCUCUAGUUCUGAUAAUUUAUUUUGGACGAUAUGGGACAUAGCUAGGCGUUUGGCUGUUCCUCAGGGUGGGUUCGGAUGGGUGGGAGGUGUACAAUUGGCUAUCGUCAGACAUCCCAAAUCCACAUAUCAUCAAAUGCAUAUGGACCACAUCAACCAGAUUAGCAAGGAAGAUCUGAUCGACGGUCGAUCUCAAAACGAAAGAAACCAAGAUGAAAAAUUCAUAUCAGCACCUAGAGAAGUAUGGUUAAGACCCACCAAUGUGUUAUCACCUCCUAUGUACCCUGGCGAAAUGUCAUUAGCCCUCAAAGAGAGUUAUAAGGUAUCGAGAAAGAUGGCUUCGCAAAGUGGGGAAAUCCUGUUCUUCGGUAGGAUCUGGGCGGACAACGUACUGCGUAAUUUAGAAUGGACUUGCGAGGAGACACCCUUUCCCCUUCCCGCGCACCUCUUCCUACCUACUUACGAUCCAACUGAUCGAAGUAAACGAUGGAUCGAUCAUCUUAUAUGGAACCCCAGAAACGAGGAUUACCUGAUCGCUUAUGAGAAAGUCAUGAACAGGAGGAGACAGGAGUGUGGUAAAAGGGGAGAAUGGGCGAAAGGUCCAUUAUAG